GGCUAAUGCCGGCGAAUGUCAUCACAUCACAUCAUCACGUCUCGUUUGCUAUUGGCCAGCACAGGUCAUGUGAUCAAACAGUGUCAUGCGGCGUCCGCAGCAGUCCGGGCGGGCAUGAGUUUUACUCAGCGGUUCGUUCGAGUUUCGCCGGACUGCAGCAUCUGUCCGCUUCACCGGUUAAAGAUUUGCACGGGAGCCGCGGUUGGACGAGCGGUCGACGGGUUUUCAGCUCCCAACAGGCGCCUGCAGACCAGCUCAGGUGUGUGUCAGAGUGAAGACAGCAGCUCACCUGAGGAGGACAGACACGAGCAUGUUGUUAAUGUUGUGUAUAUCGACCGGUCCGGACAGAGGAUUCCUGUCAAGGCGAAAGUUGGCGAUAAUGUUCUUUACCUGGCGCACAAACAUGGCAUUGAACUCGAAGGGGCCUGUGAAGCAUCUCUAGCCUGCUCGACAUGUCAUGUGUAUGUGAACAGCGAAUACUACGAUAAACUUCCAGAACCUGAAGAAAGGGAGGACGAUAUGUUGGACAUGGCGCCGAUGCUGCAGGAGAAUUCCCGUCUGGGCUGCCAGAUCAUCCUGACUCCGGAGCUGGACGGCAUCGAGCUGACGAUGCCCAAGGUCACACGGAACUUCUACGUGGACGGUCACGUGCCCAAACCUCACUGAGCGGCAGGGGUCAGGAAAGGAGAGUUUAAGCGAGAGCUCCAAAGACCAGGGGUACAGAUCGCAAAGCACUGUGGGAUACAGACACUAAAUGAAGCCUCUUCCUGUGAGCAGGUUUAUAGUCGUUAAAGGCUUGUUAAGUGUGUGACAUGAACGGCCCGUGUGGGGAAUCUCUCGCUCUCAUCCAGUGAGUUGAAGAGCGCAGAUCUAUUGAGCUCCAGCUGAAUUUGGUCCACAGGCAUUUCCACCACUCCCGAUUGUUCAUUAUCCUUCAUAUAACCAGUCUGAUUUACAGAACAUUAUAGAUAUAGUAUAUUUUUUAGCUUAAAUGCACUGAACACAUCAACAUCCAAGACCUGUUUCUCUCUGUUUGUUUUCUUUUGUAUAAAUAAAAUGAGCCUAUCUUUAAGACCA